AUGUCGGGUGGGCCUGAGGAUGGGUCUGUUAUCCCUAGUUUUGGCGGUCACGUGGCACGAUAUAUCUGGAUCGAGCAGGAGCAUAGUGUUUUGCGCUGUUUGAGUAGGACAAAGUUAUGUUCUGACUUGUUCACUUGGCGAGGUCGUCAAUCUGUGAAGGACCUCGCGGCAAUUGAUGCUAGCUGGUUGUCUCACUUGCCCGGCCUGAUGUUUAAAAGACUUGAUUGGCCGUUGAUUUCUGCUUUUGUUGAGAGGUGGCAGCCAGAUACGAACACCUUUCACAUGCCAUUUGGGGAGAUUACGAUCUUGUUGCACGACGUGUACAACAUACUUGGGUUACGUGUCGCAGGCAAUAUGGUCACCAUUACUCCUAGCACGGACGUGUUACGGGACGCGUGCUCGAUCACCAUGGAUAUGACUCCAGAUGAUUUGUCUGAGAUUUGCGGCACAAAGACCAUUUGGCAGGGUAGUGGGGUGUUGACUGAUAAGAUUUUUGAGUCGACAUUGGCGGUUGACCGGGAGUUUAGUGAUCAGCUUAAUGGAUACUUGUGGUUAGUGCUUGGAGGUAGACUGUUUGUAGACAAGAGUGGUAACCGUACGCAUCCUUCCUUCCUCCACGAGCUAUGUUACAUGGAUGUCCCUAUUAACGAGUAUGUUUGGGGAACAGCUGCACUGGCCUACUUGUAUCGGCAAUUGGGCACGACAUCACGGAAAGGUGUUGAUUCGAUUGCUGGUUGUCUCACGCUUCUACAAGCGUGGAUUUACGAGUAUUUUCCGUGCUUUCGGCCACAGCAGGGUACCUUGACCCGGGACCUUCAAAUGCCUCGUGCGUCUACUUGGGAUGUUGGAGCGGGAUGUCAUAGCAAGAACCUGGAGCGCCUGUUAUCUUUUCGUACUAGAAUUGAUGCGCUUACUGACCGUGAGGUGAACUGGCUACCGUACGGAGCUGAUCCUGCAUUACGAGUGCCCCCCACUUUAUUCAUUGGCUGCAUCCAGUACCGUAACAUCAUUGAACCGUACAUGCCUGAUAGAGUGGUGCGCCAGCUUGGUUUCGUGCAAGGCAUUCCCCGCGAGAUCAUCAGGCCAGAGAAGGCCAAGAGGCCGACUAACUUGAAGAUGUAUCGGGUAGACUUCCCGACCGAGAUGACAGAUGUGAUGUGGAAGAGGUUUGUCCCUGGGGUAUCUCAGAGUGUAGUUUUAGGUGCCCUCACCAGGCUUAGUGCUGCAGCUCCUUCGGUUGCGCCUGGUUACAUGCAGUAUCCUGAAAUGUCGAGUGAGACUCGAACAAUGACUGAGCAGCUUGUAUUUGAUUGGAAGUCAAAAAUGGGACUUUAG